GGCUCCUGCCACAGCCCAGAUAAGGAGCUGCUCCCUGCUCACGCCUCUUGUCCUUUUUAUCUCUCGCUGUGUUCCCAGCACAGCCGCUUUGCUGUGGUGUGAGGGCACAGGGACAGUUCCAGAGGGCAGAGGAGCCGCUCCGUGUCCCUGCUCCAUGCGGCCGAGCGCACGAUGCCUUCCCGCUACCUCAGCUUCCGCUGCAGCGUGCCCUGGCUCAUGCUGCUGCUGCAGGCUCUGCUCCUCAUCCGCUCUUUCCUUGGCUUCCCAGGAGUGAGUGACACCUACUCCUCAUCCAGCUCCUACCCGGAAUUUCAAGAUGUCACCCACAUGGUGAUUUUUGGUUUUGGCUUCUUCCUGAUGGUUCUGAGGAGAUAUGGCUUCAGCAGCACUGGGUUCAACUUCUUGCUCGUUGUUCUUGGUGUCCAGUGCUCCGUGCUGGCAGAAGAUUUCUUAGUUUUCCUUAGGGGAGAGCAAAAUGCAAUUGGUAUGGAAAGUCUAGCAAAGGCUGUGGUGAGCAUGACUGCUGUGGUCAUCUCCACUGGGGCUGUCCUGGGCAAGGCCAAUCCUGUGCAGUUAAUUGUGAUGACCCUGGUGGAAUUAAUCUUUUUCUAUGUGAGCAGAUGCAUCAACGGGACGUUCCUGCAGGUCCCAGACUACCUCACCAUGAUGCACGUGUACCUCUUUGGAGCCUACUUUGGUGUGGCACUCUCCUCCCGCUUCCCUGAGCCUCCCCCAGGGCUGGACAAGAACAGGAGCACCCCAAAGUCAGAGCUGUUCUCAGUGCUGGGCACUGUGUUUGUCUGGGUGUUCUGGCCGAGCUUCAAUUCUAUCCUGGUUCACUCCAAGGAGAAAGUAGUGCUCAACACUUACCUGGCCCUCGCAGUGAGUGCUGUGGCUGCCUUCAUGUUGUCUGCUCUGACCUCCAAGGAUGGCAAAUUCAGAAUGGCUCACAUCCGCAGUGCAGUGCUGGCUGGAGGGGUGGCUGUCAGUUACUCAGCAGAGCGCAUCCAGCACCCUUGGAUUGCCAUGAUUUUGGGGCUGCUGGGCAGUGUCAUCACCAUCCUGGGAUCUCACUGUUUGCAGAGGUGCUUGAAUCCUGCUUUGAAGCUCCAGGAUACUUCUGGAGUUCAUUUCACUUUUGGUUUGCCUGCUGUGCUUGGAGCUGUGGCCGCUGUUGUUCUCCGUGUUGUAGAAGAUGGGAUUGGGACACGAUGGAAUGAAUUAUCCAGUCUGGGUUACACUGCCUUGUUUUGUAUUGGUGCCUACUGCCAGACCAUCAGCACUGCCUUGAUAACAGGUUUGAUUACAGGUUUAAUCUUAAACAUCAAACUGCUGAAAGCAGUGCAUGUCUCCAAGUACUUUGAUGACCAGUUUUACUGGGAGUUUCCCCACUUGUCUGUUGGAUUUUGAGUGGAGGAUCCCAGCUGACAGGCAGGACCAAGAUAAGAUUUUCCUCUUUAUCACCAGAAAAACUGAACAGCUAUGAUGGGUUCAGAGAUUGAAAUACCAAUUCUCAGGCCCACAAAAGCCACUCCAAUGGACACUCAAAAACUAAACUGUUCCAGUUAUUCUUGAAAGAUACAGAGUGUGAAUUCACAGGUGCAAACUUCAGGUGCAUUCAGCUUUUCUGCUUUGUUUGCCUUACCUUAAAUAUUUUUUUACAAGAUAUGUGCAAAAAAGUUGUCUGCAUUCAUGGCUUAUCAAUCCAAAUGCUUGGAAACAUUAAACUAUUUUUAGCUCCCGAGUUUACAAGGCAAAAUGAUGGAUUUGAAAGUGUCAUUUCUCAAGGAGCACUUCUUAUCUAGCAAAGCACUCAAGUUUUUAAGCUGAAUUGAUUCUGCUGAAGGCCUUGACGAGCCAGGAUUUGAUGAGUGAGCUGGAGCAGGGCCAGAACUCUGCAUCCUGCCAGCCUGAGCUCCUGGAAAAAUCUGCUUGUUGGGAGGUUCUGAUGGCCAAAGUUCAGCUGUGGGUGGUGUUCCUGAAACCCCUGGGGUUUGCUGCCAAGUGUAAAACACAGCCAGAGCUCAGGGCAGUGUCUGGGAGGGCACAGCACAGUGCCAGCACCCCAUUCUGUUAGUGCAGGGACUUGGGGGACAGAGGAUUCCCUGCCAGUGAACCCUGGAUUUUAAAUGGAUUGUGAUCCUCAGCGUUUCUUCCUUUCAAAAAUAGUUGACAUAGAAAAUCUUUGAGCAGUGCUUAGCUAAUAAAGGAGUGAAAAUGUGGCUGUUUUCCUUCCUUCAGCACGCUGUGAGCAGUGAGUGAGGGAGCUCGUGACGGGCUGAGCCCUUUGAUGAGGCUCCCUGGCCUCAUUCCCUCCCUGAUGAGCAGAUCCCAGAGGAAGGCAGCUCCCAAGGAAUGCAGGCUUGCACAGGAAGGGCCAGUUCUCCUUGUUCCCAGCUCCCACAGAGCCAGAAGGAGUUCAGCUGCUGCCCAAAGCUUCCACACACAACUGUGAGUUCUUACUUCCUCUUUAUCACCACAGGAUAAAGGAAAUAUUCAGGGAUGGGGGGGAAAGAAAAAAUCCCAAACCACCACAGUUCUGAAUUACACAAGAAAAGCCACACGCCAGCAAGGUUUGAAAUUGAAGAAAUGGUUAUAUUGCCCAGAUCUAGGAAAUAUUUAAUAAAUAUCUGUUAAAAGGUUGUUUAAAUGCAGUUUUAGUAAGUCUUGGAUUGUAAAUAACAUCAUAGAAAGAGCUGGUUAAAUACAUCCAUAUUCCACUCUCCUUUUAUUUGUAACAAACAUCAUUUUAGAAAAGUGACUCCACUGUUUGUAGCAAUUUUCCAUUUCUCAAAAACACCACACCACUGAAGUGGACGUACAAGAGUAAAAAAAAUAACCAGAAAAGAGCUGGAUUUAGUGCUUUCAGCUUUCCUUGAUUUCUCUUCAGACACAAUGGAAGCUUUACAAAAUGGUUUUACAAAACUUUUGGGGUGCAGUUAAAGCCCAGGGCACUCCAGGGGGGUUCACUGCCACAAAUCCUCCGUGCGACCAAACUUGAACACCAGGCCCC